AUGUCUAACCGUGAGCCAGCAUGCUCGCUGUACCAGAAAAGCUUCCAAAAGGAAUGUCGCGCCUUCAUGAAACGGGCAGAAGCUACAGCAGAUUAUGCCAGGAAAUACCCAAACAACCAUGAAUUCGAGCCUAACAGUGAGGUUUACAGAGGGCUUAUAAGUUUGUUGUCCCGAACAGCACGAGUAAAAGACACCGGACUUGAUAUGGUUGCAGAGACUCCGAGAUGUUCUCUCGUUCUCAAGGAACGCAGCUAUUGGUUCAUCCGAGAUCUUGCAGACCAGACAGAAUUUGAAGAUGAAUGCGAUAAUAUAGAGGCACGUCUAGAGGGACUGAUGCAAAAGGUUGAGCGCCGCGAGAUAGAGAAUCUUUGGGUUGCUGGAUUUCUUGAGUCUACGGCUUUGCGUAUCCAGGAUCAAUUUCGUGUAUAG